UCGAGUUGUUUAUUUUCGUAUUUCAAUUCGUGUUGCAGGUGCAAUUAAACUGUAAUUAGUAGUGAUUGUGUAAAUUAAGUUUGGAAGUGCCUGCCAUAACAUUUUUGCGCAUACGCACGAACUUACAUACAUAGGCCAACCAAGAUGAUGCACUAUAGAAAGGCCGAGAAUGUGGAACAGGAGUUGAGUAAGAACGAUUUGCCUUUCGAGGAUUGCAUGCCAAAGACACAAAAGGAUUUUCUCUGGAUGCAUGUUAAGGGCGGCACCAAAGUCAGCAAUGUCAUUAGCUACGCCGAGGCGGCACUCAACAAAGGUGAAUACCGUACCGUCGUCUGGAGCGGUUCGGGCGGUGGAGUUGUCAAGACCAUAUCCUGCGCUGAGAUUCUAAAGCGUAGUCACGAGCUAUAUCAGGUUACGCGUAUGGGAUCCACCAGUGUCGAGGAGCAUUGGAAGCCGCAAAUGGAUGGCCUCGAGGAAAUAAUUGUGAGACGCGAAAUACCGACAUUGCACAUAUUGAUGAGCUUGGACGAGCUGGAUAAGAGCAUCGCGGGUUUGCAGAGGCCCAAUACUAGCAGCGAUUUUUGGGUCGAUGAUGCGGCUCCCAUGCAGCAGCAGCAGCAGCAGCAACAACAACAACACAGUGAAGCUGGAGGCAGCAAUCAACAGUCCAACAAGCGUCCACGUUCUGGUCGUUACCAGAAAAAUAAUACUAAUAAGCCGCAACAGCACCGCCAGCUUCCAAAUGAUGUCGACAUGACCAGUGGUCAUGGAUAAAUGCAACACCCUCUGGUGAAGUGCAAGUUUAAAGAAAAUAAUCUUUCAAAUAAAUAUUUGUACAUUUAAUUCACCACUCAA